AUGGAGUACAGCGGGCCUCCGUGCAGUUCUCGCAGAAGAAACAGCUAUGACAGCAGCUACUACACAGAAUCACCAAAUGAUCCAAAGCAUGGGAAGAGUUCUGUUGUUUCCAGCCUUGAUUGCCUCUCAAGCAUUGUAGAGAGGAUUUCCACAGAUAACUCGACCUGUCCUAUACUGCCUCCAGUCGAAACUGUUGCUGAAGGGAGCCCCUGUUCCCCCACCGGGGGAGCAAGUCUGAAUGAGAGUGGAGCCCAAAUUCCUUCCCCCACCAGCUGCACCCCACUUCCCCAGGAUAACAGCAGCACCAACCCUAUCUACCAAGUGCUAUAGAGGCAGGUCCAGCUGAACUGCACUGAAAACAAAUUGCUCCGUUCAGCCAUGCUCCAAGACGUGCCUUGUAAGACUGAAAAGACUUCUCAAGACCUGUUCCAGUUUUAAAAUAUCACUCAAAAUUCCCUCAAAUAUAUAACUUUUCAAACCUAUGUAUUACUUCAAAAUACACCUAGGUAUUUAUUGGUUGUUAAGCUAUUUAAUAAUGUCUACAGAUAAAAUUGUGUACUAUGAAAUGGCCAAUGUUUAAUCUGGGCUUUGGGGAAUAGGAACCUGGCUCUUGAAAGCAGAGAAUCGAAAUCUACAACAGUAGUGGCAUGACAGAUCCUUCCUAUUACUCCUAUUCUGGCCAAAAUAAGGUUGUGGACCAUUUUUUAUAAAACUUUUUGUAUAAUUGUAAAUAAGAGUUGCUUUGCAAAAAA